AUGGUCCACGUCUACAACUGCCACCCGUUCGAGGCGCAGCGGAUCGUGUCGGCGGAGCAGGAACCUGGGCUGGUGUGCUGCGGCGGUGGGGCGCUGUUCGUGGUGAGCGCUGGAGGCUGCAAGAUAGAGGCGUUUGACCUGCGGCGAGAGGAGAGUCCGGUCAUCUGCCGGUUCAGCUGCGCGGGGACCGUGCUCAGCCUGCAGCACAGCGCCGUGGGGGAUUAUCUGGUCACUAUAGAAGAGAAGAACAAUGCCACCUACCUGCGGGCCUACACUAACUGGAGGUACCAGGCUGUGGAGAAGACCCGAGUCGGGGUGCGUCUGCUGGGUCACCUCCUGCGGGGCUCGUCCUUCCGCGGAGCUCCUAAAGAGCAGAUGGAGAUCAUAGAAAUCCCGCUGUUUGAGCCGCCGCUGUGUGUGGCCUGCUGCAGUCUCACCGGUGAUCUUCUGGUGGGGAGUGCCAAGAGUCUGGUGGUCUUCAGUCUGAAGCGGCAGACUCUGAGCGAGCAGCUCUCGGUGCUGGACUUUGAGAGAGUUCUGAUCUUGCAUAUCCAGGGCUGGAGCCCAUCUCAGGUGGCCUUCUGUGCGGGAUACGUGGCCCUGCAGACGGAGCUGGAGGUGCUGGUCAUAAAGCUGGUCCAGCGGCAGAAGAGUGCUCAGACUGCUGAAGAAAACGCUCUGCUUCCAGAAGAUAUCAUGGUGGAGACCAGCUUAGAGGAUGAUGCAGAGAUGAAGAAAGACGGCUUCAGUCCGCUCCAUGAGCAGGAGGACUUCUUUGUGUUCCCGAAGCACCAGGAGAUGCUGGGCUCUGAAGCGCAGGACUGCGGGAUCACUUUAGUCCCAGAGUGCACCGCUAUGGACGCUGAAAUCCGAGGAGAAACCAGUGUGGUUUACGUUUUAUUCAGGAGGUUUGCGCCUGAUUUCUUCCAAGGCUGCAGCAUAGAGGAGACGCGUUUACACUCCCUACAGCUCCACCCGAUAUUUACCGGUAAACAGGAAGAAUCCUCCAUCUCCAGAUGUGGGGAUCCUGCUUGUAUGUUUGUUUUCUUCUCCUUGCCCAACACCGGCUACAUGUACAGCUUAAAGUCAUCAGUGGAGCUCGUGUCCACGUACCAGUACCCAGAAAAAGCCCACCAGGCUGUGCUUAGUGACCAGUUCCUCUACGUCAUCACCAGAAACGCUCUGCAGUGUUUCACCGUCAGAUGCAGUGCAGUAGCAGCUCGGGUUCAGGAUCCGUACAUCGACACCACCAUGAAGGCCUGUCCGCCCUUCAGCAUGGAGGUGUGCGCUCUGAGGAUCCAGCUCUUCAUCGGCCUCAAGGUUCUCUGUCAGGAUGGAAAUCAUAUCGUUCUGCUGACAGCGGCAGAUGUGGACAGCAAAGAGGACACUGAGAGACCGGUGCGCAAAAACACUGAAUGGAGGGAACACAAAGCGCUGACUGGCAUUUUAGUAGCUGUAGGUCUAGAUGCCACCUCAGUGCCGACUUUGGAAAGCCUUCUGUCCAGAUCCUUCCUAUCCAGAAAGUCGUCAGUCUGUAAGUCCACAGAGGCGUCGGACAGCGCUCACGGCUGGAACCUGUAUGUGAUCAGCUCUGUGUCCACGCUGCAGCUCUACAGAGAAAUAGUGGAGUACAGUAAGCGGUAUGAGCAGUCAAACCCGUGUUCUCAGAGCUGUGUUCAUCUGCUCAGUGAAGCUCAUCUUCUGCUGAGGUCAGCGCUACUCAAACUGCAGGACGGCCCGUCUGAGGAGAAGCAGGAGCUGCUGGAGGCCUUUCAGGAGAGCUGCGCUCAUUUAGGAGACUGUUUCAGCAGGUUUGAUAAGAAGGACUGUCAUUUGGCUCUCCCAUAUUAUAAGAUGUCGGGUCUCACUGUGACUGAUGUUAUUCAGAGGAACGUCUCCAUGAGUGCCCUAUCAAGCAGUUAUGGCCGAGGAUUCAUCUUCUUCCUAAAGCAUUCACUGUAUGAGGAAACCGUGGAGGAGCUGAGCAAGGACGUGGCUGAUAAAGUGCUGGAGAUCUUCAGUGGUGCUGAACCGGCUCAGCUUCCUCACGUUGUGUGCUGUUCAUCAAUGCUGAACGCGGACCCUGAUGGCGCCGGGGUCCUUCUGGAGCAGCUGGAGGCCUCCGGGGCCCCAUCCAUCACACUGGCCCUCUGUAGAGCCUCUCUGGCUCUGCGCACGGGGGACCAUCACACCUACAGCCAGCAGAUGGAGCGUCAUGCCGAGAUGCUGCAGGUGUACGGCUUCAUCGAAGAACCCCGGCUGCUCCUGCAUGGCAGAGGUGUGGGUCUGAUGCCCACAUUACUGGCCCAGCAGCUGCGAGACACUCAGGAGGGGCUGCUGGUGGCGGCGCUCGUGGCCCUGCAUGAGAACAGCAGGAUCAGCCUGGAGGAUGCCCUAAUCUUCUUCCAGGAGCUCUGUAAGGACGGUGUGGAGCCCGACAGCAGUCCGCAGUUAUUAGUGGAUUUCUGGGAGUCUCUGCUAGUGGCGUCGUCCCGUGAAUCCACCAUCCAGGAGCUGCUGUUUCGGCUGGUGUCCAUCUACAUCAGCAGGAUAACAGGCAGAGAUCCCAGCGGCUGCAAGGCCCUAAAAACUGCUGAUGACCUGAUAAACUCCUGCUCCCAUUAUGGGAUGUUGUAUCCGUGGGUGAGCACCCUGACACCCGACCUGCACCAUGACCAGCAGGAGGACCUGCUCAAACUACAAUCUCUGUUGUGCGGGCCGACGCUGCAGGUCUCCUCUAUUCUGCCUCUGCUGGAGCCGCUGUCAGACUCUGAUGACCCAGGACUCAGUGUUCAUGUGCUCUGCUCCACUAAACUGGGCCAGCACGAGGACUCCAUCCACAGACUGUUGGACCGCUGCCCACAGGCCAUCAUCCCAUACGCACAACACCAGCUGCACCACCACACACUGUGUCUGUGGUGGCAGAAACUAUUCCCUGAGGUCUGUGACAGGAUAAGAAAAAUGGGAAAUGACAACACGAUCCUCCUCUCAGCUCUCAAAGAGACUCUGAUUGUGGCAGCGAGGGAACUGACCCCAUUAGAGUUUCUGGACUUGCUGCCGGAUGAUGGAACUGCUCAUUUUUUCUUGCCACAUCUGCUUGAAUGCUGCCAGUGAAAUCACAUUCAUUUCAGACAAUCAUUGAAUCAACACUAAAACUGUGUGCUUUAAAGAGGGUCUUCAGUCCCCCUGCUGCCUUAAAUGCUGAAGCCCAAAAAAUGGUUUGUUCAUCUCAGAAGUCACGUGUGAAUGCAUCAUGACUGGGACUGUGUUAGUCUUUCAUCGAGUCGUUUACUAUAAAUAAAUCUGAAUAAAUAAGACUACUAUAUAUAUAUAU